UUUCACAUUUUUGGCAACACUGACAGAAUAAAACAAUGCAACUGGCAGCUCACGACUAUCUGUCAGUGACAGUUGCAAGAAGAAAAGAUAAUUUCCAACAUCACAAUCAUGGUCACGAAAGGAAAGGGCAUUGUUGCUGCCAUAGACGGGCACGGGGUAUGCGUGUGUUUCAAAUCCGCGUGUGUUGUGCGAAUAGUGGUUUCGUCGUCGGUCGGAUUGCAAUGUGCUGCUGCUGGUUCUCACAGACAACGACAGGUACCCUCAGUUCGGCAAAGCUCGGUUUCCAGUGCAACGCGCUUGGGGGAUUCCUAUGGAACAACAGAACCAACCAGCUGCUAUUAUGAAUAACAUUCUAUCAAAUAUAUGUAAAA